GUGUCCUGACACUUUAGUUCAAUCGCAAACCUCUCUUGAUUACCGCGGAAAUUGAGGCAGGGAGCGGAUGAAAGCUGGUUCCUCGGGAAAGGGCAAUGAAUCCUCCAAGCUAGCAAAGCUCGCCGCUAGAUCUCAGUGACCAUGGAGAACAGAACAAGUGGGAUUGAGCUGUUCAACAAUUCAAUGAAUCAGACGGUAGAAAUAUCGAGGAUGCCUCAGAAUCCUCUUGAGUACCAGAUAGUCACCGUCCUGUUGGUCUUGUUGAUCUGUGGAGUGGGGAUAGCUGGAAAUGUCAUGGUUGUACUGGUGGUGCUGAAGACCAAACACAUGAGAACACCCACUAACUGCUACCUGGUGAGCUUGGCCAUUGCAGACCUGAUUGUCCUCCUGGCGGCAGGCCUGCCCAAUAUCACCGAGAGUGUGGUCGCCUCCUGGGUUUAUGGAUACGUCGGCUGCCUUUGCAUCACAUACCUGCAGUACCUGGGCAUCAACGCGUCGUCGUGUUCCAUCACCGCCUUUACCAUAGAGCGGUACAUCGCAAUCUGCCACCCCAUUAAAGCUCAGUUCAUCUGCACCGUGUCCAGAGCCAAGAAAAUCAUCGCCUUUGUCUGGGCCUUCACCUCGGUGUACUGCGUGAUGUGGUUCUUUUUACUGGACAUCAAGCAGAUCCCACAUGUCAAUGGCAUCCAGGUGGUCUGUGACUACAGGGUGUCAAGAAACCAUUACCUGCCCAUUUACUUUCUGGACUUCACUAUAUUCUAUGUGAUUCCUUUAUUCGUGGCCACAGUUCUGUACGGGCUCAUUGCUCGCAUACUGUUCCUGAAUCCGAUUCCCAGCACCCCGCAGGAGACAGCCAAUAACUCCAUUCACAGGGGGCGCAGCAGCGACUCCAAGAUGUCCUGUCGCCGCAACAAGGGCCCGCAAUCUUCCAGGAAGCAGGUCACUAAAAUGUUGGCAGUGGUGGUUAUCCUUUUUGCUCUCCUCUGGAUGCCCUACAGAACCUUGGUGGUUGUCAACUCCUUCAUGAAUACACCCUACUUGAACACUUGGUUUCUGUUAUUCUGCAGGAUGAGCAUUUAUCUGAACAGCGCCAUCAACCCUGUCAUUUACAAUCUAAUGUCUCAGAAAUUUCGUGCUGCCUUCAAAAAACUUUGCAAAUGCAAACAGUCACGGGCAGAAAAGCCUUCUGCCUAUAAUGUACCUGUUUACUACAGUGUAAUGAAAGAUAUGUCCCAUGAAAGUCCAGAUCAUGAUCUAACAGAGCAAGAGGAUAUUAAUGGCUAUCCAAUUCCUAAUAAGAAGUUAAAUUUUGAUAAUACUUGCUGUGAUACUAGCACAUUUAGUGUUGCCUGAAAUAAUAAUGAUCAACUUAUAAAAAAUAGAAAGAGAAAAUUAAAUACCUAUUUGGCAAGCAUAUGGCUUAAAUAAUCUUUUAUUAUUUCCUUUUGCUGAUGCAAUAUAAUAUUAUAUAACACUAUAUAAUAUUCUCAAAAUGAAUAUUAAUUCCUUGUCCUUGACAGUUUUAAAGCAAAAUAUAUUCAACAUUUUAUAGAGACAAUUCAUGUACUGGAAAUUAAUGUUGGCACAGUACAAGUAAUUAGCUGGAUGAGUGCAAACAUUAUUUGUAGGAAAAUUAUAAACUUGAUUUAGUAUUUGAACUUAUGCUUGAGCUCUCAAUAACAGAAGAAAUUUCCUGCACUCACUACCCAACACACAGCUUAUUUGUAGUCAGCACAACAUUGGACUAAGAACAGUCUAGAAAUCUCCUGAAGCUCUGCAAUUUCAAGAAUUUUCUAGAGUGUGUGGUAACCCUUCAUACAGGGACCUACACUACAAUUGUUCUAUUAUUAUGAAUCUUUCCUGACUGUUAACAGAAAAGAUGUUAAACCUGGAUAAUUUUAGGACGUCACCUAAAAUAAAUAGGUAUUUAUUGAAAUAUUUACAAUGUUCUUUGAAUCUUUAUUUAUGGUAGCUUUAUGACAAUCAUGAAUAAAAUAAAGUGCCAUAUCUUUAUGUAACUAAAUGAUAAAUAAUAGUACUUUUCAAUAGUUACCUAUUUUUGUUUAACAUAAGCCAAGAAGUUUCCAUUAUUAAAAUUAAAAACAAAAGUGUGCCACGGUACAAAAAUGCUUAAGUAAUCAAAGAUAUUGGUUUGACAUUUAUCUUUUGUUCUAUAGCACACAGACUUCUAAAUCCAAUUCUGAUAAUUCACAGAAUUACUUUCUGUUGCUGGGUUUUAAAUGAUGUAUGCUAAUGUGUGUAAUUUGCUAAUGUUUAUUUCGAAAUGUCCUCAAGCAAAUGUUGCAGCACUGCAUAUUUAUUAGGACUAGGACCUUGAUGAAACAACACAAUGCACUUUUUGUGAAUGUUAAUAUUGUGUGAUCAUACUAUAGAUUAAUUUAUUGAACUCAUUAUCAAUUAUUGCCAUUCUUUUGUCAGCACUGUGUAUCGUACGCAAUUGUUUAAAAUGUAAGUAGAUCACAUGACAUACAACAAACUAUUCCUACAGCUUUAAAGUAGUUUUGUGAAUUUAGUUGAGGCUAGAAUGCCAAUAAGCCUCAUAGUCAUGCCUGCAAUUAUUUAUGCUCAUAGUGCAAACCAGAAAUCAAAUGUAGUUUGGGAAUUUUAUCUUGAUUUGAAUAGUAAACUGAUUUAAUGUAUAUUUCAAUAGAAAGUAUCAUCACUGGAACAGAUUUAAGAUCUUUAAUUUGCAUAAAAUAUAAAUCAAAUGAUUCCAAGUAUUCUGUAUGUUUUGAAUUGUAAAAUUGUAAGGCUGUAUGUAAUGUUCAGUGAAUGUUCUUGUUCUUAAGUAUUUGUCCAUUAAAGCGAUGAAUACAAUGAUCUUGUCACUAAU